AUGACGUUCAACGACGACAGAAGCACUGAUAUAAGCUCGCGGAAGAAGGGCCACUCGGGUCGCAACCUCAAGCACGACUCUGUCGCUCAACGACUCAAGCUAGUAACUAAGGCCCGCCGAACAACAUUCUGGUUCAUCGCUGCUGCAAUGGGUAUGCCCCGGUCCACCCUCCACGACUACUACCGGCGCGGAAUCUUCGUCGAGUACACCAGUGCGAUCAUGCCACAGUUCACCGACGCGAACCAAGCAGUGCGCCUCAAGUGGGCCAUGGACCACGUUCACGCAGUUACGCCCGACGACUAUGCUUUCGCCGAUAUGAUGAACGUUGUACACGUGGACGAGAAGUGGUUCUUUGCCACUCGGGUCAGCAAGUCGUACUACCUCGCUCCCGACGAAGAGCUCCCUCACCGAACAUGCAAGUCCAAGAAGUUCAUUACGAAGGUUAUGUUCCUCUCUGCCUUUGCGCGCCAUCGAUGGGACAAUUAG